CAAACUGCACUGCGCAAAUCCUCUGCCGUGAGCUAGGUCGGGGCUCCCCAAGAGAAGCCCAUGCCUCUGGGACCAGACCUCCCUGAGUGCUUGGUCAAAUACGGAUUCCUGCGUGCAUCUGCAGGCCUGUGCAGUCAAAGCCUCUAGGAUGGACCCUUUGUUGUGAAUUCUGACCUGGGUGGCUGCAUCCCUUACCUGGACAUGGGGAGGGAGAUGUUCUUUCUUUAACAGCUGUGGUUCUGUUGUAUUCAGAGUUGAAGGCAGACUUCUCAGCUACAUAGUUGCCUUUUCCUAGGAAAACACAGAGUGAAGAACAUUGCAUGUAGAUUUGCCCUGUGACUCAUGCGGUGCUUUCUCUCCAGCUCCCUGGCUCCCUGUGUGCUCCAUGGUUGUCCAGUACACCUCCCAGAUCCCCAGCUCUCUCCAGACGCAGCCUGUCCUGCAGUCCCAGGUGGAGAGCCUGCUCCACAGCACGUACCGCAGGUGGAAGAGCAAGAGCCCCUCCCCAGGCCAGGGGGCAUGGCCCUCAGUUGCCGAGAUCCCGUGGGAUGACAUCAUCGCCUUGUGCAUCAACCACAGGCUGAGGGACUGGACACCCCCCAGGCUUCCCGUCACAUCAGAGGCCCUGACUAAAGAUGGUCAGAUAUGUGUGUAUUUUUUUAAAAACCAUUUGAAAAACUACGACGUCCCUUUGUCGUGGGAACAAGCCAGAAUGCAGACGCAGAAGGAGCUACAGCUGAGCCAGAGCCGUUUGGGGAUAAGGUCUUUUCAUCCUUCUGCAAACAAGCUUCCCACUCCGUUACUUCACGGGCACCGCAAAGGGAAGAGAGGUGUGGAGCGCGGCCGAGAGGGGCGGAUUCCCGGCACCGAGGACCUGAUGCACGGAGCCUCUGCCCAGGAGCUCCUGGCCCAGUGUCUGUCCAGCAGCCUGCUGCUGGAGAAAGAGGAGAGCAAGAGGUUUGAAGAUCAACUUCAGCAGUGGUUGUCAGAGGACUUGGGAGCAUUUACAGAUUCAACUUCCCUUCCACUCUACCUUCCUCAGACUCUGGUGUCUCUGCCUCAGACUAUCGAACCUGUGAUGCAGACAUCUACAACUGCUAGCCUUCAGAAUGACAGGACAGGGGAGCAACUGCGGAUGUCAGAGGCAACAGGCACAUCUCUGACUGAACGGCUGAAGCACCUAGAAAGGCUGAUCCGGAGUUCAAGGGAAGAGGACGUUGCCUCUGAGCUCCAUCUCUCUGCACUACUGGACAUGGUGGACAUUUGAGCUGCUGGACCUGAGAGAGGGUCUAGAAGAUGUUCUUUUACUCAAAAUAAUGUUAUUCUCAGAUGCUUGAUGCAUGUUGGAAUGUGAUUAUUAAUCAUGCAAAUAAACCACUGGAAUAUCUGAGGUCUUCCUCAGUUUUCAUAAUGAAA